UUUUCAUCGUUUGGCAGAGAAAAAAAAAAAUGGAGGAGAGAGAAAUUUCAGUACGUAGUCUAAGCGGAGAAUCCAUCACCAUUUCAAUUUCAUCGACCAAAACAAUCGCAGACCUCAAACUCAUUUUGAAGAACCGCUUUCCUCCUGCCUCUUCUUCAUCCGACUUUCAUCUUUUUCUGAGAGGUAUGAAACUAGGUGUUAAGAGUUUAAUAGGAAGUCACUCCAUAAACUGUGGAGAAUUUGUUGCUCUUAUGCCGUUUACAAAGAAAGCUAAAUCCCAAAAUAUACACUCUGAGGAAUCUGGAGUAUCCUCGCAGACUACUCCACAAAGUGAACCUUCACACGUAGCAGAAUCAGCUUGGCGUGAUAUGAUGGAAGAUUUGUCUUAUCUAAAUAACACAAUGAGUUCUGAAGAACAUUCUGGCUGUUUGCCAGAUCAUUUUGAUAAAAGUAAAGGUGUCAUGAUAAACGAGAAUCUCUCAAGUAAUUAUGCAAGAAAGCGUAGAAAGAUAUCCCAAGUUGAAAGUAAGGCAGGGCUUGCUGAUGAUCUUAUAUCUAGUUUACUGCGUUUUUCUAAUAGGCAUGUUCUUGAUCAAGAAGUUUGUGAAAGUUUUCUCAAGAUAUUGGAGUCUGUGCAUUGUUUAUCGGAUGCAGAAACUGGGAACUGUAUGUUGUCUAGCAAGUUUAAUAUGCAGGGGAAUGGCCAACCGGCCCAGCCCUCUUGUUGCCUUUGCCCAACAUGGUUAACGAUAAUGAUGCAGUCCUUUGCGUUCUUGAACAUUUUUGCUGGAUUUCUUCAAGUGAAUCACGAAGCUGUUACAUUUGACCUUGUCAAGAAUUCACUUAAUAAACUUCGUGAACUUGGUUUCUGUGCUAGUGUGGAAGACUUGAAGCGUCUGCCAGAUCUCUGCCCUAAGGUUGUGCAUUUUAUUGACCAAGAAACAAAAAGUAAGAUGUCACUUGAUGUUAUUGUAGUAAAUAAUUUCUCAAGGGAACAGUCUGACCAUAUUAAAAGUAAUGUCAAAGCUCGAAAAUGGGUUCCUGUGUUAAAGAUUAUUAGUUCGAUAAAUAGAAGACAAAUACUUUUCAGAACAACUUUAGAGGAAGGUUUCAGAUUACUUUUGCCUGAUGGAAUCUAUGUGAAAGCUAUUUCACUGGAGGAGCUUAUCACUUCUGUAAAGAAAACUGAUCCAACCUCUUAUGGAAUCGCUGCAGAAAAAAGUAGGAGCUCUAUUGAAGUGCGGUGUUGUGUGACUCAUCCACUUUCACCCAUGUUGAUGCUUGAACAUCUUAGGAAGGGCAUCGGCUCUCGUGGACAGAUAGUACAUAUAGAAGAAGUUAAGGCAAGAGUUGCAGUCUACACUGAUAUCCCUGAUGAAUUAUCCGAAAAUGCGAAGAGUGCUCUAAAGACUCUAGAGAUUACUAAGUUGUAUAGCCACCAGGCUGAGUCUAUAAAGGCUUCUUUGUGUGGCAAAAAUGUCGUGGUAGCCACCAUGACAUCUAGCGGGAAAUCUCUUUGCUAUAAUAUACCAAUACUAGAAGCAUUAUCCCAAAACUGGCUAUCAUGUGCUCUAUAUCUGUUUCCUACUAAGGCCUUAGCUCAGGAUCAGUUGCGAGCAUUGCUGUCUAUGACUGAAAAUUUUGAAAAUGUCAAUAUUGGAGUUUAUGAUGGUGACACUUCUCAAAAAGAUAGGAAUCAGCUUCGUGACAGCGCUAGACUGCUGAUCACCAAUCCAGAUAUGCUGCAUAUGUCAAUCUUGCCAUAUCAUGGACAGUUUCAGCGAAUUUUAUCUAAUCUCAAGUAUGUAGUCUUUGAUGAAGCACAUGCUUAUAAGGGAGCAUUUGGAUGCCAUACUUCCCUUAUAUUGAGGAGACUACGCCGGUUAUGUUCUCAUGUGUAUGGCUCUGAACCUUCUUUUAUCUUUUCUACUGCAACUUCUGCCAACCCCCGUGAGCAUGCAAUGGAACUUGCAAAUUUACCAACAAUGGAGCUGAUUGAAAAAGAUGGAAGUCCGUCCGCUCCAAAGUCCUUUAUUCUUUGGAAUCCACCUUUGUUACCAAAAACAGUGCAGCGAACUGGCACAAGAAUCAAAACCAUUGUCACAAAGAGGUCUAGCCCUAUAUUGGAGGUUUCACAACUCUUUGCUGAAAUGGUGCAGCAUGGACUACGUUGUAUUGCUUUCUGCAAAACACGCAAACUUUGUGAAGUUGUGUUAUCUUACACACAUGAGAUUCUUCAAGAUACAGCUCCUCAUCUUACUGAUUCCAUCUGUGCUUAUCGUGGUGGCUAUGUUGCUGAGGAUAGGAGAAGGAUAGAGAGUGAAUUCUUUAGCGGGAAGCUCUGUGGAAUCGCUGCAACUAAUGCUCUUGAGUUGGGUAUUGAUGUAGGACACAUUGAUGUGACAUUGCAUCUAGGUUUUCCUGGUAGUAUUUCUAGUCUGUGGCAACAAGCUGGUAGGUCUGGAAGAAGAGGAAAACCGUCACUUGCUGUGUACGUUGCAUUUGAUGGACCACUGGAUCAGUAUUUUAUGAAAUUUCCACAAAAAUUAUUCCGAAGCCCUGUAGAAUGCUGCCAUGUAGAUGCUCAAAACCCAAAGGUUCUUGAGCAGCACCUAAUUUGUGCUGCCAUAGAGCAUCCUAUAAGUUUGAUAUAUGAUGGAAAGUAUUUUGGCUCUGGUUUAAACGAUGCUGUUACAGCACUUGAAAGCAGGGGAUAUUUAUCUGCUGAUCCCUCUCGUGAGUCAAUAGCAAAGAUAUGGAGCUACAUUGGGCAAGAGAAAUCACCUUCUCGUUCAAUUAGUAUCCGUGCAAUUGAGUCUGAGAAAUACAAAGUGAUUGACAAGAAUAAUGAAGUUCUUGAAGAGAUUGAAGAGAGCAGGGCUUUUUUCCAGGUAUAUGAAGGGGCAAUCUACAUGAAUCAAGGGAAGACCUAUCUAGUAAAGGAGUUGGAUUUAUCUAGUAAGAUUGCACUUUGCCAAAGAGCGGACGUAAAGUAUUAUACCCAAACUCGUGACUACACUGACAUUGAUGUCAUUGGAGGUGCUCUUGCUUACCAAAUAAGAGCUUCAAAGAUGCAGUGUCAUGGAACAACUGCCCUAACAAAUUCCUGCACAGUAACCACCACUUGGUUUGGUUUCCGUCGCAUUUGUAAACGAACCAGCAAGGUACUUGAUAAAGUUGAUCUUGCACUUCCCAAGUAUUCAUAUGAGUCACAGGCUGUCUGGAUUCGAGUUCCCACAUCUGUGAAAACAGCUGUAGAGAAGGAGAGAUUUUCUUUUCGUGCCGGCCUACAUGCUGCAUCUCAUGCUGUCCUCAAUGUAGUUCCGCUCUACAUAAUCUGUGACUCUUCAGAUUUAGCUCCAGAAUGUGCAAAUCCUCAUGAGACCCGCUAUGUACCAGAAAGAAUCUUAUUAUAUGACCAACGUCCUGGAGGAACAGGGCUUUCAAUGCGGAUUCGACCACUGUUUAAUGAUAUGUUGACUUCUGCUUUGGAUAUGCUUACAUCAUGCUACUGUUCAGGAGAUGUUGGUUGCCCCAACUGUGUCCAAACACUCGCCUGUCAGGAGUAUAAUGAGCUAUUGCACAAGGAUGCUGCAAUCAUGAUUAUCAAGGGUGUUUUAGAGGCGGAAGACUUGUACUGGCGACAAAAUCCUGGCCCUUUGGAAACUGCGUGAAUUUGGAUGUGGCAGCUUAACCUUGAAGACACUUAAAAUGCUACUUUUUGAAUCACAUGCACAACAAAACUUCAUAUUUGGCUCCAUUUCUCAUCUCAGAGAGCUUCUCGACCUCUACUUCCUCUUGUGAAAUUGGUGAUCUUGAAUUGUGACAGCUCCAAGGCUCUAUAUACUGAGAAACAACUGUGGUUUGUGGUUUCCGUCUUCAGAGCUGUGACUACUGCAAAAAAAUCUGGUCAUGGGUGCUUACAAAUCCACCUGCAGCAGUCAAUUUUAACUUAUGUGGGAUGGCAGUAGUGUGUAUCCCAUCUUCAGCACCUUGGCAAAGUAUUAUAUGAAUCCCCAACUCGUGUAGUUAUUUAGCUGCUGAUAUUUACAUGCAGCUUCAGUUUUGACCUCAUGAACUGACUACAUCCAGAGUGUUUCAUCGGAAUACAUCCUUGCGAAACUACAAGAAACAUACCUCUUACAUGAACUGUACAUAGUGUAUUUCAAAGACAAAUGCUCAUACAUUCAAUUAAAAAGGGUAUUUAAUUGUCCAAAAGAUUUUAUGUUGAUGAGGUGAAUGUACAUAGUACGUAGUUUCAUAUCAAUCAAAUACUAGUAUUGUUUUGGUGUUUCA